AUAAGGCACAUUUUACUCUUAGUCUUAAUCUCAAAGUUUUUGAGGAUAACACUAAAGUGUUUGAAGGAAUUCUAAUUUUUUUGGAGGAAAGACCACUUCAAAGAAAAAAGAUGAACUGGGAUAGCACCUUGCUUAAAAGAAGCGGCUUUAGACGUGCCGUCGUUGAAACACAGAUUUCCCCAUUCAACGAGGCAAUGAUCAGAGCCCAUGAGGAGCAGAAGGAGAUGGAAAGACACCAGAAAUCUUUAGAAAGGGAAAAAGAUAUUCAAAACUUUAACCUUUUUAAAGAAGAAAUGGCUUGUCUUGCCAGAAAAAAACGGGCAGAAGCCAUUGCUGUGAAUGACUACAAUCAUGAAAUGGUGAUGGAAAAACAGGAAACGGACAGAAGAUCUAAGGAAUCUGACCGAAUAUAUAGGCAGCAUCUGUUCAAACUCCACGAAGAGUACAGGGAAGAGUUGCGUGCUGAGAAGGAGAGGGAGAGGAUGCAGAAAAGAUCUCUUCUUGAAGAUCGACUUGAUGAGAUCGAAGAAAGAAGGGAACAGAAAAAAAUACAGGCCAGACUGAAUGAAUUAUCUGACCUGAAAGUGGCAGAGGUCAGCAAACAAAAACAGCAGCUGAAUGAUGAUUGGGAAAGAGAAAAGAAAGAAAGGAGGAAUAAUCGCAUUCGCUACCUCGAAUCACUUGGUAAAAUCACUGCAGAUGAGGUGAAGAGAAAAGCUCAAGAGAGGGAUCGCAGGGAAAAUGAGCGGAUUUCUAGACAAAAUCAGGAAGAUUUGACCCGCCAACUGCAAUCAGAAAUGGAGCUCAGAGAAAAACAAAGGUCUGCAGCCAUGUCAGCAAACAGAUAUAAUAUUUCUGAAAUUGAAAGGCAUGCUGAAGAAAGGGAAAUAAAAAGGCAGCUGUCUUACCAAGAGACCAGGCGUUUACUCAGAGAGUCAGAAGAGCAUGUUCAGUUACUGAAACAACAAAAGAGGAAGCGAAUGGAAGAACAGAAGUUGAUCAAUGAACAUAAUUUUGCUCUUUUCUCCCAAAAACGUGUGGAAGAAAAAAGAAUAAAGGAGCAAAAUAAAGCAUUCACGGAACAGACUGAAAGAGAUCUUCAGCUGGAAAAGAAACUUCUGUUUGAUAGACGGAUGGGACUCCUUCAGAGUCAAAGGCCAGACGAUCAGAUGACACCUGACCCAGCCAAUGAAAGGACAUGGGUUAAUGAUGAAGAGCAUCUAAGACGGCCGAAAAUAUGGGGAGGUUCCUUUCAUGGGAAGAAGACCAAGGAGACCACAUUCAUAAACAUGUGUCAGAAAGGUUUAAACCCUCUUCCUUUGAAAAUCCCCUUUCCUGGUAAUUCCCACAGAAAGCUAACACAGGAUAAAACUCAUGUGCAAUCUUUCUUUGAAAAUACCUUGAGAAAUACAGAGGACAAUUUCCCCAGGCCAAAAAACAGAAUCGUUCUGGCCAACCAAACAACUCAUACAACUCAUCAGGAGACCCUCCGUUUACCUGUCUUGAACAACAGCAUGACACGGAAUGUAGGCCAACCUUUUGCAACAUAUGGGGGAAAACCUUUAAAUUUCUACCCAAAGCCACCAUCCCGCCCCAGGGAUUUAUGAUCAACUUCACGUUGACCAAAAAAUUUUUUUACAAGUGACAG